AUGGAACUUUCAAACCGUUACCAGUGGGUAUCGGUACUCAAGUACGAUGACGAGUUUCGCCUCGUUCAGGCGACAUAUAAUUAUCCGUGGAGUUUCGGCUUUAAUCACCUCCACUCCAUUAUUUUAGAACUUAUUUCUACCAAAACCUCCCCUACUUUCAGGUCUUUUAACCGCACAAUUCGUACCCUUCACUAGUGAUGGGCGAGUUAUUUUUGCCGCAACUUUAGCAGUUCAAGGGGCUGAAGCAUUCACAAUUGUACAUACGAACACGUAUGCAGUCGCCGCGUGUCAGUAGGAAAAGCUUGCGGUGUUAACCACUCAGGUUUCGUUCAUGUUGCGCAAUCUUCAUUGCAACAGCAAAUUAAACCGGCCACGCAAAAUUGACUAGCGCUCCUAAGUUCACCGCUUAACACAAAGCUAUGGCUGCAAGAACUCGCGGGGGACGAGGACGAGGCGUUUUUGGCAGAUAGCAUUAUCAACGGCUUUCAAUUGGUGGACCCUAAUACGCAAUUCACCGAAGUAAAUAUGCGCAAUUAUAAAUCGGCUACUAAUCCCACCUUUAAACUGUUGGUGGAAAAAACCAUUCGCAACGAAAUUCAGCAAGGAAACUAG